CAUACUAUAACCAUGCCCCUCUCUUGUGUAAAGUCCUACUUACAGCGCUUCUGUCAUGAUGGAUUCCCAAUGGAAAAUGGUGUCUACAGCUUCUCCAGUGAUCUGUUGCCAUCUCUUGGAGCGACAAUAAACCAGUCUAUGAAGCUGAGGAAAUAUACCGUUUCUCCUUAUAAUCCUCAUUACAGAGUCUGGGAAAUAUUCCUGAUUCUCCUGGUUGUCUACUCGGCCUGGAUCUGCCCGUUUGAAUUUGCAUUUCUGAGAUACUUGCCAGGCACACUCUUUCUUGUGGACAACAUAGUAAACAUUUUUUUUGCAAUUGAUAUUGUCCUCACCUUCUUUGUUGCUUUCCUUGAACGCAAAACUUAUCUUCUGGUUGAUGAUCACAAGAGAAUUGCACUCAGGUAUCUAUCAACAUGGUUCAUCUUUGAUGUAUGCUCAACAGUUCCAUUUCAACCAAUCAGCCUCCUCUUUAAUAAACAUGGCAGUGGCCUUGCUUUUAAGCUACUCAAUAUGCUCCGACUCUGGCGCCUUCGUCGGGUCAGUUCACUGUUUGCAAGACUUGAGAAGGACAUCCGGUUCAACUACUUCUGGAUACGGUGCACAAAGCUUGUCUCUGUCACACUUUUUGCAGUUCACUGUGCUGGAUGCUUUAACUACAUGAUUGCUGAUAGAUACCCUGAUCCAAAGAGAACCUGGAUAGGUGCAGAGAUGCCAGACUUCAGGGAAGAAAGCCUGUGGAUUAGAUACGUAACAGCAAUGUACUGGUCUAUUACAACAUUAACAACAACUGGUUAUGGUGACUUACAUGCUGAGAACACGAGAGAAAUGUUAUUUGAUAUUUUCUACAUGCUGUUCAAUUUGGGACUGACAGCUUACCUCAUUGGAAACAUGACGAACCUUGUUGUUCACUGGACCAGCCGCACCAGAAACUUUAGGGAUACAAUCCAGGCUGCUUCUGAAUUUGCAGCAAGAAAUCAGUUGCCCAAGCAUAUAGAGGAACAAAUGUUAUCUCACAUAUGCCUAAGGUUCAAGACAGAGGGGUUGAAACAACAGGAAACCCUGGAUAGUCUCCCAAAAGCUAUUCGUUCAAGCAUAGCCCACUACCUGUUCUUUCCCAUUGUUCAAAAGGUCUACCUUUUCCAUGGAGUUUCCUUCGAUUUCAUAUCUCAACUGGUUACAGAAAUGCAAGCUGAGUAUUUUCCACCCAAGGAAGAUGUAAUACUGCAGAAUGAAGCUUCAUCAGAUCUCUAUAUACUGGUAUCAGGAGCAGUGGAUAUGAGAUCAUAUAUGGAUGGAACUGAACAAGUUCAUGGAAGGGCAACUGCAGGAGAAAUAUUUGGAGAGAUAGGAGUUCUAUGUCACAGGCCACAACCAUUCACCUUUCAAACCACUGAACUCUCACAAAUUCUGAGGCUCAACAAGGCUGCAUUUAUGAAUAUUAUUCAAGAAAAAAAGGAAGAUGGAACUAUUAUCAUGAAUAAUCUUUCCCAGAAGCUAAGACUACACAAAAGCUUAUACACUGGAGUGCAGCACGGGGAUCCAGGAUUGGCCCUCAACGAGUGGCAGGACAGUGGGCCUGUGAGAGGAAAUGAGCAUCCCUCUACACGGUACCAAGAUGAUUAUCAAGGUAGCAAACUACCAAUGCUUGAACUGAUGGACACAGGAUCUAUACUGUGCAAGGCAGCAGAAAACAAUGAUCUGGGCACAAUUCAUGAACUUCUAAGGCUUGGGGCUAAUCCAAAUUCAACAGAUGCAAAUGGACGAACAGCCCUCCAUGCAGCUGUUCAGAAGGGCCAUUGUGAAAUUAUUAAAAUCUUGCUUGAACAAGGAGCUGUUAUGGAUAAUCCUGAUGCCGGUAGGUGGACACCAAAGACUCUGGGUGAGAAACAUGGAGAGAAAGGUACCAUGGAACCAUUAUCAAGUAAUGAAAAAAGCAGAACAAGACUUGAAAAUGACCAUGAGAUAGAAUUUGUUGAAAUGAGAGCAUCUACAAAUGAAAAUAACACUAGCUACCCUGAAACUAGGGGAUGGAGUCCCUGCUUUCAACACUCGCAGGUUGCUGACAUGAUGACAAUUUGUUGGGAAAAGAGUGGCAACUGUUUAGUUGACAAAAAUACCAUGAAAGCAACCAACAAAAGAAUCACUAUUUACAUGCAUUCUCAAAACACAAAAACAGCAACAGAACAAGUUGGAAAGCUCAUAAAUUUACCUGGCUCUAUGGAGGAGCUCCUCAGAAUUGGUGGUGAGAAGUUUGUGGGCUACCAUCCUACAAAAGUAGUCAACCAUGAGAAUGCAGAAAUAGAUGACAUUAGCACAGUUCGGGAUGGGGACCAUUUAUUUCUUCUUGAGAUCUGAGAAUAACUGGAGACUGCAAAUAGUGAUGUGACCUAACUAUUGUUCAAAGGCUGUGGCAUAGCCACAUGCAUAAGAAUGUAAGCUUUGAUCAAUGUAUGACGAGUAAAGAAAAAAUAUGCCAC